UCUCCUGUUCUCUUCAGAAUUAAAAAAAAAAAAAAAUGAGUGAAACUCCUCUGAUGAAUGUUCCCUCCUCAAAGCAAAGUGAAAACGAGAGCAACUCAACUAUUUGCCCGGACUUGAAUGACUGGUGGGAAAUCGUGUUCUAUAUAGUACCCAAGUAUAUCGACACCGUCUGCGUUAUUGGAAUACUUGGAAAUGUAUUUGUUCUCUUCACUUAUUCCCUGCACAAGGCCCCCCGGAAGAUAGCUGAAAUCUACCUUAUGAACCUAGCUGUUGCUGAUCUGAUCUUCCUCACGUGCCUCCCUUUCUGGGCAGAGAACAUAAGGAAUGAAUUCAACUGGCCAUUUGGCAAUUUUCUUUGUCGUGGCACCAGCGCAUCCAUCAGCCUAAACAUGUACACCAGCAUCUACUUGCUAGUGGCGGUCAGCAUGGAUCGCUAUUUGACUUUUGUUCAUACCUUGAACCACAGAGGGAUACGGAGCAAAAGUAUGGCCAAAUGGAUCUGCUUGCUCGCCUGGUUCUUCGGCAUCCUUCUCAGCCUCCCAAUCUUUAUGUUUCGGACUGUGAAACACUUUCCCACAUGGAAUAUUUCAGCAUGCGCUUUAGACUUCCCCACCCCAUCAUGGGAAACAGCUGAAAGCCUGGUACUCAACAUAGCGGGGUUUGUGUUGCCAUCUACAGCAAUCAUCUUCCUUAAUUUCUCUACCAUUCACAACCUACAAAAAAAAGCACGAGAACAAAGAUCACUCAGAAUAAAGAGUUGCAAGGAGCACAACGACAUGAAGGCUACCAGGUUGAUCUUCACAGUGGUACUGAUGUUUCUUUUGUGCUGGACUCCAUACCAUUUAUUUGUAUUCCUUGAUAUAUUAUUCCAGACAGAAGUGAUCAAAGGCUGCUUCUGGGAGGAACUGCUCAACUUUGGUGAGCAGUUUGGUUAUACUUUGGCUACCACCAACAGUUGCAUUAACCCUGUGAUUUAUGUCUUUGUUGGGAAAUACUUCAGGCAAAAGGCUUUAGAAGUUUUUUCACAGUUUAUUCCCUGUGGAUUUCCUUUGAGCUGGGUAUUGUUUAAAGAAAAGUUUUCGUAUUUCAAUGUGUUUCGUCAGAAGUAGUUUAACCUAAGGGUUCUCAGUUCCAUCUUCGUUUCGAUAUUACAGUUUAUUUCAAAUGGCAUUAAAAAUGAAUAUAAAUUGUACUGAUCUGGCAUUCACAGACUCAACUAAUCAUUUAUUAAAGUAAAUCACUUGACUGCUUAUUUGUCCUCAGGUUUGCUUUUCUAUUUCUGUGUUAUCCAUCCAAAUGCAUAACAUGUGAUAACAGAAUUUUAUACCAAAUUAUCUAACCUGUCUUAUCAUUUAUCAGUGACUUGAAAGAAAAAGUCUUUGAAAAGAUAUCAGAAGUCUGGUUUCUCUACAGAAAGCCAUAAGCUGGCUGAACAUCUUACUCCAUUGUACCUGUGAUGACCACUACUAUACCACCAAUAACACUGUACAUAAAAUUAUAACAUGUAUGACAGUGCAAAUAUGAGCUUAAUCUUCAGCUGAUAGCACAUUUGAGCAAUUAUAGAACAGCUCUGGUCACUUUUAACAAUAUUUUAAAUAGUUUGCACUUUCACAGUGGCUUAUGGAAAAUUUGAACAAUAGUUUGUGCAUUUCAAAUCUAUUCAGUGCAUAAAUAUUGUACAAGACAACAUACCACAAAGACAGUUUACAUAAGCUGUAAAAAAAGCAAAGCAACCUGGUAUCCUCCUCAAGCUUUGACUUUUUUUUUUGAUCCAGUAAAAUGUUACACAAUUACUCAUUAAGUAUGUAAAGAUUCUUUUUAUUUUUUAUAUAUGAAAAUAUCAUUGAUGGCCAUUGAUAUUG